AUGUCGGACACCGAGUCAGGUGAGAAGUUAGGGGAAGCUGGUGGAAAAACACACAAACACAAAACCAUUUAGGGAUUACCAGGGACUCUUAAUUGCCCCUUGAGAAUUGGCUCUUAUAUAUGAGCCAUUUUGUUCCAAGAGAGAGUUAUAAUCACCCAGAAGACAUUGCAUCCCUAUGGUUGAAGUCUUUUAAUUCCUUUUGCCACCUCAGCUUUGCUUAUCUACAAAGUUCAUUCCAACACUGUCAACACCUCCGUAACAGCCACUGUACCUCCCCUACGCUGUGGACCACUUCACAGUUCACAGUUUCCAGUUGACAUUGUCCCUUGCCAUGUUAUAAGAAUCACUAUACAGUCAUACCUUGGUUCCUGAACGGCUUAGUUGCCGAACAAAUCAGCUCCCGAACGCCAAAAACCUGGAAGUGUUCCGGUUUUUGAACGUUUUUCGGAAGUCGAACAUCUGACAUGGCUUCCGCUUGAGUGCAAGAAGCUCCUGCAGCCAAUUGGAAGCCACGCCUUGGUUUUUGAAUGGUUUCGGGAGUUGAACGGACUUCCAGAAUGAAUUAAGUUCGAGAACCAAGGUUCCACUGUAUUACUUUUUUUUUUAUCAACUAUUUUAUCCUGGCUCCCAUUUAGGAAUAUUUGUCUUGGUUAGUGAGAGGCAAAAACCCUAAGGUUGGAUGGCCAUCUGUCAGAGAUUCUUUAGCUUUCUCAUAAAAUCACAGAGUUGGAAGGGACCCUAAGGAUCAUCUAGUCCAACCCCCUGCAAUGCAGGAAUUUGCAGCUGACCCUUACAGGGAUCAAACCUGCAACCUUAGGAUUAUCAGCGCCACACACUAUCCAGCUCCUGCAUUGCAGAUGGUUGGAUUAGAAGACUUUUGGGGUCCCUUCCAACUGUACAGUUUUAUGAUUCUAUGGUCUGAUGUCUUAAUGCUUGCUUUUAAAAAAGAGCGGGGGGAGUGAAGUUUUUCCCCUGACACAUUACUUUUCUAUGUGCAAGAAGUUUAUUUAGGGAGGAAUAUUAAAACAUUUCAUUCUCAGCCUGUAGUCAGUUCAGAUGGCGUCCAGUAACAGAUAAAUUACAUGGGACUGCUGGUUCCUGUAGUUCACAGAAAGGCGCUGAAUUACCCACACAUGUGUAGGGUGAAGUAAAAAUAAUUGAGCAGAACGAAAUAAUAAUAAUAAUAAUAAUAAUAAUAAUAAUAAUAUACCCUACCCAUUUGGUUGGGCUUCCCCAGCCACUCUGGGCAGCUUCCAACAAAAUAUUAAAAUACAGUAAUGCAUCAAACAUUAAAAGCUUCCCUAAACAGGGCUGCCUUCAGAUGACUUCUAAAAGUCUGGUAGUUGUUGUUCUCUUUGACAUCCAGUGGGAGGGCGUUCCACAGGGCGGGUGCCACUACCGAGAAGGCCCUCUGCCUGGUUCCCUGUAACCUUGCUUCUUGCAGCGAGGGAACCACCAGAAGGCCCUCGGUGCUGGACCUCAGUGUCCGGGUAGAACGAUGGGGGUGAAGACGCUCCUUCAGAUAUACUGGACCGAGGCCGUUUAUCAACAACAGAUGAUAAAUCAUUAUUCACGCACACCCCACCAACCAAUUUCAGUUUCUCGCACAUCUUCAUGUGUUGUUUCCUUCCUUUAUUAAUUUCACUACCUUCCUUUCCUUCCUUCUCAAGUUCAGAAGUGAAUUGUUGUUUAUCCUUGCAGGUGAUGUUGGGAGACGGCUGUUGUGCCCUGUGUAUGGGAAAGAUCUUCCUCAGAUCUGCCUUAUCGAACAGCAGAAAUGCCGCACUGGAGAAAAAACCUCACGGUUGCUUAGAGCAUCAAACAUGUUCUGUAAAAAAACCACAGUUUCUGAGCGAACGUGUAAACCGCAAAGGAGAGAGGUCCCCCUGAGCCACCGUCGAGUUCUCACUGGAAAGAAGCCCUAUCAGUGCUCAGAGUGUGGGAAAUGUUUUCGCCAGCAGUCGCAAAUUAUAGCACAUGAGAGAAUCCACACAGGGGAGAAACCGUAUGGAUGUUCUGAGUGCGGAAAACGUUUUCGCCAGCAGUCGCACAUUAUAGCACAUGAGAGAAUCCACACAGGGGAGAAACCGUAUGGAUGUUCUGAGUGCGGAAAACGUUUCACUCAGCAGUCGCAGGUUCAGGCUCACGAGAGGAUCCACACAGGAGAGAAGCCCUAUCGUUGUGGAAAGUGCGGGAAGCGUUUCUCCCAACAAACACACCUCCUCAAACAUCAGAGGCUUCACACAAGAGAGGAAACCCUAUAA